AUGAUAAUGGGAGCUUAUCGUCUAUUUUGUCUCCUAUGCGGAUAUCAUCUUUUAGCUUCUCUUUCAUUCGUCUGCUGGUCCUUCUGCCUCCUCGUUUGUCCUUCUCUUCGAUCGUCAUUUUUUCUCGUGCACACUUUUCUUCAAAAAGUCUGGAAGCUUGUCCGGAUCGCUCAGCACAGACAGCACAUCAAAGCUCUCAAUAAGCAACUCCACCAAAAUACGGCCACCCCGAGCCCCAGAAAAACGGCGGUACUCCUCGGAAACGCUUGCCAAGUUCCAGCCUUGCAAACGGCGCAAACAGCCAAUCACAGCACCCGUUCUGUGGCGGCCCAUGCCGCAGCACACCAAAAGCGGGUAGUUUUCUUUGUUGCAAAUCAACUCCAACGCAUUUUGAAUGGUGCGUUCGUCCAAGGAGUCCCACGGAUUGAUGUUGGUGUAGUUGUAGUCGUUGAUCAUGCCCACAAACUCUAUGUUGAUGUUUUGCGCCAGACAGUAGUCGAGAAAGUCCUCCAUGGGCUCUUCACUGGCCAACCAGAGAAUGGUUUUGAGAUGGAGCUGUUGCAAGAACAGCUGGUUGAUUAUGCUGGGCUGGCCAGAUCGGUACAACUGUUUUUCCACGGGGCAAAAAUUGAGCGGUGGGAUGAUCCGCCGGUCCGGAGCACGCGUGAUCUGGCGCUGGUUUUCCAACGGAUCAACCAGGUGCUCUGCUUGAGAAGCAGACAUUUUUAG